CGCAGAAAGUCUCCUCUGACAUACGUAAUUCGUCCUUCCAAACAAUUGAGUCUUCAGGAACAUAUUACAUAUCUCGAUGAAAGUCAGAGAAGUUUGAAUAUGCAACCAAGCAGAAAGCAUCAACCUUAUGUUGUGAAUCGGAAAGAUAGCCAGCAAGGAUGUAGCCGACAGGAGAGCAGAAACUAUGAGGAUAUUGGAAUGGUGUCCGGAUUUUGCCCUAACAGCACAAGAAAGUGUGGAUUGCAAUUACCAUUUUGUCGUGUCAGUACCUUAAAAGGUAGCGAACGAAAUGAAUCGGAAGGGCUGGGUCGUAGUGUGUUGAAACAUUCGUCGAUGAAUCCGUCCGGUGCAACAUAA